CGGGUCUCCGACCUCCCUGACUCGGAAACUGAGCCCUUCUUUGCGAAAGUGGGCGCAGCUAAAGGGAAACAGAAAGUCGGGCUCUUUAGGCGCCGCAGAACCGGUGCACGUGACCGCGACUCCGGGUGCUCCUCGCGCGCGGCGACAAGCAGGCGAGCACGCGAGAGAGCGCGUGACUCGCGACUGCCGGGCGGAGGCGGGGGCGCAGUGUGUGCGUGCGCGCCCACGGAAGCCAGCGUGCGCGCCCUCGCGCUCGGGGCCACCGCCCCUCCCGGGCCCGCCCUCCUUGUCUCCCUCCCCCUGCGCGCCCGGCCCUCCCAGCCCAGCCAGCCUUGCGAGUCACUUCGCGGGUUCCCUCCCUCCCCCGGCGCGCUCGGGCCGCUGCCGCGUUCCCCGCCUUCAAGCCGCGGUGCCGGAGCCACCCGCCGCCCGCGGAGGAGGUGGAGGAGCCGGAGGAGCCCGCCGAGGCGGCGGCAAGAUGGCGGACUUCCUGCCGUCGCGCUCCGUGCUGUCCGUGUGCUUCCCGGGCUGCGUGCUGACGAGCGGCGAGGCCGAGCAGCAGCGCAAGUCCAAAGAGAUCGACAAAUGCCUGUCGCGGGAGAAGACCUACGUGAAGCGGCUGGUGAAGAUCCUGCUGCUGGGCGCGGGCGAGAGCGGCAAGUCUACCUUCCUGAAGCAGAUGCGGAUCAUCCACGGACAGGACUUCGACCAGCGCGCGCGCGAGGAGUUCCGCCCCACCAUCUACAGCAACGUGAUUAAAGGUAUGAGAGUACUGGUAGAUGCUCGAGAGAAGCUUCAUAUUCCUUGGGGAGAUGAUGACAACCAGCUCCAUGGAGACAAGCUGAUGGCCUUUGAUACCCGUGCUCCCAUGGCUGCAAAAGGAAUGGUGGAAACUGGGAUUUUUUUACAGUAUCUUCCUGCUAUAAGAGCCCUAUGGGCAGACAGCGGCAUACAGCAUGCCUAUGACAGGCGUCGAGAAUUCCAGCUGGGUGAAUCUGUAAAAUAUUUCCUGGAUAACUUGGAGAAACUUGGAGAGCCAGAUUACAUUCCAUCACAACAAGAUAUUCUGCUUGCCAGAAGACCUACCAAAGGCAUUCAUGAGUAUGACUUUGAAAUUAAAAAUGUUCCUUUCAAAAUGGUUGAUGUAGGUGGUCAAAGAUCAGAAAGGAAACGUUGGUUUGAAUGCUUCGACAGUGUGACAUCAAUACUUUUUCUUGUUUCGUCAAGUGAAUUUGACCAGGUGCUUAUGGAGGACCGACUGACCAAUCGCCUUACAGAAUCUCUGAACAUUUUUGAAACAAUUGUCAAUAACCGAGUUUUCAGUAAUGUCUCAAUAAUUCUCUUCUUAAACAAGACAGACUUGCUUGAGGAGAAAGUACAAGUUGUGAGCAUCAAAGACUAUUUCCUAGAAUUUGAAGGCGAUCCACACUGCUUAAGAGACGUCCAAAAAUUCCUGGUGGAAUGUUUCCGGAACAAACGCCGGGACCAGCAGCAGAAGCCCUUGUACCACCACUUCACCACCGCCAUCAACACGGAGAACAUCCGCCUUGUUUUCCGGGAUGUGAAGGAUACUAUUCUUCAUGAUAACCUCAAGCAGCUGAUGCUACAGUGAUAUACAAAAGACUUUCUAUUUUAAUACCUUUUUGUGGUUUCCAUUGUUUUCUGUUUAUGUUUUAUUUUUUUAAAUAGCAGUUUACAACAAGAAGUAGAAAAAUCUUGAUUUCUAGGUAAUCAGUCCUUCUGCGCCUUCGGUUUGUGGCUGAAAGCUGCUGGAUAACAUAGUUGGCUUUGAUCAGUUUCAUCUUAGCUCCACUCGGUCUACAUGUAAUCUGGCCAGCUACAGACUAGGCAUAUGUCAGGCUUUCCAUUCUUCCACUUUUCAGACAGUCCUCCUCGAGGGCCAGGCGUAGACAGCAUCCUAAGUACCUGAGGAAUGAGGUUAGGAAUACUCAGCUCUGAAACAGGAGGUCUUCAGUGUGCCUUCCCCAGAGCAGUGAUCCACUGCCUGCCUUACGGAUGGCUGUUGUGAAGGGGCUGCUGGAAGGAGUGAGGUCUGCGGGCUGGCAGCCCGUCAGCUUGCACAGCCUUCAUGUCUGUAAGUGCUUACAUACACAACAGCUGGUUUUUUUAUUGUUGCUGUUUUACUUUUUGUUUUUUAAAUUUCUGUGGUUUCUGAAGGUAAUGUUCUUAGUGUUUUAAAGUUUACAUAAGGUUUUCUGAUCUGAUGUGAAAGCGUUGACAAAUGGUACCAGGGAGCAGAAGACAAGGAAGUACUAGAGAUAAUUAUUUUGAUCAAAAGUAAUGAAUCAAAUACAGUUUGCCUUUUUAAUGUUUGAUUAUCAUGUAAUUUAAUGUGCCAUAAGUGAAAUAUUUUGGCCACUAUAGCAACUAUAAACUGCAAGCAACUUAAUAACAAACGUAACUGUCAGAAUGCAGUGUGUGUUGCUUUUAAGUCCUGUCUAGCUGAUUUCACUCCUUACUCAGGAAAUCAGUUUUGCAUCUCUCUUUCUUUUGCUCCCUGUCCAGUCCCCAACAACUCCAAACUGUAGCAUUUAAGGGAUUCUUUGGUUUAUUUGAAGCUUGCCAAGGGCAGUAUUUUCAUGACAGACUAUUCAGGAAGAUACUAUUUGAGAUUCCUCUUCAUUCUUGGUGUGUCACUAAAACAUACAGCAUGUACAUGUUGGUAUAGCUAUUUACAAGAUGCCAACUUGGUUGAGCAUUUUAAAUGUCUUCAGAGUGCUUCUAAGAAUAAUCUUUUCAGUUCACACCUAAAGAUGAUGACAUUGGCCCUCCCCUCAGUGCUUACCAAAUUUAAACCAUGUCCAUGAAAUAGCGUUGUUGAGUAUGAAAUGAUUAUAUCAUAGUAAAUUCAGCAGAGUGACUGGUUUACAGUACUAAAACUAUUGCCUGUUAGGUUAUGUGUAGUCAUAAAAUUGGAUUAGAGAUACAUAUGUACAAGACUGGUGACAUUUUGCAAAGUCUUAACGGCUUUUCUGCUUUUCCUGAAAAUUGUGAUUAUGACUGUGAUACCUGUUUACCGUAGAGCUGACUGUGUUCUCAGGUGUUUUAUUGGAACUUGAAAGAUUGGUCAGCAUUGUGGAUCACCCAGUUUGUCUAAGUAAAUGGCUUUUGUUAUGUCUUUCUGUCAGGUGUGAGAGCUGGGCCUCUCAGUGUGCUAACUGGGAUUUGUUCUUGGCUUGCCUAACUUUUCUUGUAUUUGAGGUUUCCCUGUCAUAGCCAUAUGACUUCCAGUGUGUUCAUGCCUUGGUAUACAUGAGCUUCAGGCAUGUUGCCCAACAUCCUAGUAUUCAGAAUAUAAUUCAUGCAUGUUUAAAUAGCUCUACAUUUAGAGGCUUUUGCCCAAAAGAAUACACUGUUUAAGUUCACAGGUUAGCGUAACCCAGUGCUAAUGAAUGCUGUCUCUGAAUAUGUGCAUGGUAACUUUUGGUCUAUUUAAUGGUUUGUGUAAAUUUAGCAAAUAGUUAUUGAAUGGCCAACACAUUUAACUCCAUUGAAGGUUGGAAUCAGUCCCCUGUAGAAAGUGGACACUUAGGUUUGCUUAAGUUAUAUUUAAGGUCUGUGAUAACAAUAAAUAUUGCCUGACAAAGCAGAAAUAGCCAAGCUUCUCCAUUUUGACUGUGACCAAGAAAUGUUAAACCACAACCAGAUAUGCUGUCAUUUGGGUAUCUGCAAUUUUCUUCUGAUGCACAUAAUGUCUCAGAGUCACCAUUAUCUUAAAAAAUCAAAGCUAGAAUAUAUUUUGAGGCAAUAAGUUACUUGUUUUUAAGUUAUUCAGGCUUCUUUAGACAUUCAGUACAAUUGUAAGAUUCAAAGACUUUAUCCCACAUGUUUUUGUGUAGUAUAUUUUUAAACCAUUUGAAAGAAGUCUUUUAACUGUAUCAUGAAAACCAGGUCCUUUUUUAAUUGAAAUACCACUAUUAUAUAUAAAAAGGGAGAUGAAAUUUAAGGAUCAGAACUAAAAAGGUGCUUAUAAUUUUCACCUACUUUGGUCUCUAAAAAGUAACUCAGAUUUAAAGCUCUUUGUUACAGUUUUCCAAGUCUUUGGCUAUGAUUUGGAACAAAAUGUGCCUAAUUCUUCUGUGUUCCUUUCUGUUCUUAAUUCUGCAUGCCUUCUCAUUGAUCAGAAGAAAUAUCACACGUCUUUGUUGACGUUGAAGAAAUUUAGAGUAUACAUAGUUGCCUUAUAAAGUCAAAGAUCAACAACUCAGACCUUAAUUUUUAUAGGGAGGUUUUUUUCAGAUUUUUUUAAAGAUCUAAGUAAUUCAAGGUGUGCCUUUACCGCUUAAGUAUUAUUUUAGCAGCCUCCAUUGUUGCUUUCUGCCAAAUAUUGUACUCAGUUGAAUCUUCAUUUAAAUAUCGCAUGAUAAGGGUACUUGGCAGCUGGAGUACAGCUGCAACUGAGGAAAUACAGUGAGGGAAGAAGUUAUUUUUGUUUUAAGUUGUAUUGACUAACACUUUAGAGAAAGUCCUGUGGUUAAUCUUACAAAUUCAGGCUGUUCACAGAAAUCCUUGCUCUGUCGGUGGCAGUGGUGGCAGUGGUUGGUUUAAAUAGAAAGCAGUGCGACACCCUAAUGCCAGAAAUGAUUAAAAGUAUUGAUGUAGAUUGAACAUAAACCUCGUGCCCUGUAAUUAAAUCUUAACUUGCAGUGUAUACCUAAAUAUUUGUAUCUUCUGCUUAUGAUAAAAUGCAGUUUUCAACCUUACUACACAUGAUCAGUUAGGCCUUAUAUAAAGAAUAAAGUUACCAAAUUAUGCUGUUAUGUUCUGAAACUCAAAUCCUUAUUUGAGAAACUCCCAAAUUGGUGCUUUCAUUAUUCAAUGAUAUAUUCAGACAAAACCACAAACAAGCCAUUUGAAGUUAGAGUCUCUCCAUUCCGUUUGUAGCUGUGUUAUUUCUGUAUGUGUGAUGAGAAGGCUAAAUAGCAGUGUUAACUCCUAAUUUCUUGUUUGAAUCCAUCGAAUCAUGCCUGGUAAGCCAAGUCAAACAUUUGUAACAAACUCCCUAAUAAAUCUAGAGAAGUCACUCUGUUACCCUUUCAUUUCUUUAUUGUAUUUGAGGAAUCAGGAACAAGCUUUGCACUUGCCUUUUCAUUAGGAAAUCUUGACAGUACUGGUCUUUUCCCAUCGUUUCAGCAUGUGAAGUAAUAGCGUGAUACUUUUGUGUUGUGCUACUUGACUAGAAGUACAGGGUUUUUUUUCUUUUCCCCUCCCUCCUUUCCUUCUUUCCUUCCUUUAAUGCUAGGAUACCAGUUGGCAUUUCAGUCUAGAAUCUAGUGACCAUGAAGAGGGGAGAGAUUGCAGGUGGAUGUGGAUGUGUCUCCGUGUUCCACAUGAAGCAGGUGUUUCAGCACACACCUGUUACUUUAUGGUACGAGGUUAGGGCUUAGUAAAUUUAUCCUAAACCUGAGUAUUUCCAAUCAGUUGUCCUUUGGCUAUUGCGAUGCCAUCAAGUAGAUACUGGCCUUGGGCUGGCAGGUGGUUAUUAACAUCAUGUGAAGUGCAGUGUUUGUACUACUAGCAUUAUUAUGUCUAUCAUGAAUGUAUAGUUAGUACUUAAUAUGUUCACCAUCAGGUAUAACCACCUGGUUUCAAAUGCCAGAACUUAAUGCAGAAUAUUGAUUUUUUUUAAAGCAUUAAUGAUAAGUCUAUAUUUUGUGAGUUGACAGUUGUGACCUACAAAUCUGUUAAUGGUGGAUUUAUACAGAUGGGUUGGAGUCUGGGACCCAUACUAGCACAAAAAUUUUCACCUCGUGAAUACACUGAUAACAAUGAACUACUUGGUAUGUGAUGUUAGUCUGUAAUUUAAAAGCUUGUUUAUAGUAUUCUUACCAUACUAACUGAUGGUUCAUCUUCAGUCUCUACAUGUUUGAUGACACCAGAAAUAAGAGAUCGAGGAAAGGGAUUAAUCCUUGUUAAGUUUAUGGAACAAUUCAACAAGCUAUGCCAUUUACCCUUUCUUUAUCUCUUACUUGAAAGCAGAAUCGCAAAAUGUUUUAAGUGGUUUUUCUCUAUUCUUCCAUGGUAAGAGCUCAUUUAUCACAAGAAGCCUUAUCCAAAAGUAUAUUUUGUUACAACCUCUUACAUACUGUACCUAACAAAACAUGAUCUGUAUUAGCUCUGUAUAAAAGUAUCUGUGGCUUAGGGCUUUUUACGUAUAUCGUUUUUUGUAACCUUCCAAGAACUGAGCACAUUAUAUGAUACUGUUGUAAAUUUUCUUUUUUCUUUUUUUUUUUUUUGGUCAGUGCUUUAGUUCAGGAUUGGCAAUAAGUUAUUUCUAAAGGAGGUCUAGAAAUGGAAAGGAUGGUUUGAUUUUAUAAAAUGAGUUGCUAUUCAUUAAGGCUUUUUGCUCUUGUAAACAUUUUGCCAAAAAAUUUUUGCCUUUUGCUAUUAAUAUUUGCUUUGUAAAAAUUACUGACAUUUAAUAAAAAUUUAUAAAUGA